AGCGAGGCCAGGGUGCACGCGCAGCGGCGGUUGGCGGGCGGCGCUGAGGGGGAGAGGGGGCCGGAGCCGCCGUUGCGCAGCUCGGGAGGGAAGCGGAGCCCGUGACCUUCCGCUGCUGCCGCCGCCUGGGCCUGAGGGAGCCGGGCCCGGCCCGGACGCUGCCUGGAGCCGCCGCCGCCGCCAUGAACAACGUGGGAGGCGCCGACGAGAUCGGAAAGUUGUUUGUGGGUGGCCUAGACUGGAGUACAACACAAGAAACUCUCCGUAGCUACUUUUCCCAAUAUGGAGAAGUUGUAGACUGCGUAAUAAUGAAAGAUAAAACAACAAACCAAUCUCGAGGGUUUGGAUUUGUCAAAUUUAAAGAUCCCAACUGCGUGGGAACAGUACUGGCCAGCAGACCACAUACAUUAGAUGGCCGAAAUAUUGAUCCAAAGCCAUGUACACCUCGGGGAAUGCAACCAGAAAGAACACGGCCAAAGGAGGGAUGGCAGAAAGGACCCAGAAGUGAUAACAGUAAAUCAAAUAAAAUUUUUGUUGGUGGGAUCCCUCACAACUGUGGCGAGACUGAGCUCAGGGAAUACUUCAAGAAAUUCGGAGUGGUCACUGAAGUUGUAAUGAUCUAUGAUGCAGAGAAACAGAGGCCCCGAGGUUUUGGAUUUAUUACUUUCGAGGACGAACAAUCAGUGGACCAGGCUGUCAACAUGCAUUUUCACGACAUCAUGGGCAAAAAAGUGGAGGUAAAACGUGCAGAACCUCGUGAUAGCAAAAGCCAAACCCCAGGGCCACCAGGUGCCAGCCAGUGGGGAAGCCGGAUCAUGCCAAGUGCUGCCAAUGGCUGGGCAGGUCAGCCCCCUCCUACCUGGCAACAAGGAUACAGCCCUCAAGGAAUGUGGGUACCAGCUGGACAGGCAAUUGGUGGGUAUGGACCGCCUCCUCCAGGAAGAGGAGCCCCACCUCCUCCACCACCUUUUACCUCAUACAUAGUUUCUACGCCUCCUGGAGGAUUCCCACCUCCACAAGGGUUUCCACAGGGCUAUGGCACCCCUCCACCAUUUAGUUUUGGAUAUGGUGCUCCACCUCCUCCACCUGACCAGUUUGCCCCUCCUGGAGUACCCCCUCCACCUGCCACUCCUGGGGCAACACCACUAGCUUUCCCACCGCCACCACCACCAUCUCAGGCAACUCAGGACAUGAGCAAACCCCCAACUGCUCAGCCAGAAUUCCCUUAUAGCCAGUUUGGUUAUGGACAAGACUUGAGCGGUUUUGGACAAGGUUUCUCCGACCCCAGCCAGCAGCCCCCCUCCUAUGGAGGCCCCUCGGUGCCACCAUCAAGUGGCCCACCUGCAGGAGGAAGUGGUUUUGGACGAGGACAGAACCAUAAUGUGCAAGGAUUUCACCCCUACAGACGCUAGCACAUGCAGGGAGUCCUGUCCACAGUGGGAUAUCUGGUAGCAGCUGAACCCGGGAAUCCCAGACUUCUGAACUUGUGACAAUCACAUACUUGAUGGAAGAAAAAUCUAACAACAUUGGGGGAGGGGAAUGGGAGGGGGGAUGGCUUUUGAAGGCAACGCUGUGGGUGUUUGGACUGCAGGUUUUAAAUAUAUUCCUUUCUCUAACCCAUCAGCACAAAUAAAGAAAAUGUCACUGGUUCAAACUACAGGGUUUUAAAAAUGUCUUCAGCUUUAAUUCAAAACUUCAGGUUUCUUUUUUUGAAAUUAUUUUUCCUGAGCCUUUGUUUUACCGUAUAUUGUAAACUUUUAUGUUUAAAGAAAAAUAUAUACAUUUACAGAUUGUGAAAUUUUUAAGAGAAAUUUUCUACUAUGUAUGCUGGCUUAUUUUUUAAUUUAAAACAGGGUUUCCGUUAGCAAUGUUGGAAGUGAUGGUCCGUUUCAACCCCUUUACUUCUAACAUAAUGGUGGGGCAGUUGGUCCAGAAACUCUGGGAGUUAAAAGAAGAAAUCUACUGAGUGUAUUUUGCUUUUGUUACCUGACAGUAUAGAACUGGUAACAAUGCAGGUGCAGACUUGUUGAUGCACAGUGUCACUUACGAAGUACAGCAUUUAGAUCUGUGCUUCAAACUCUUUAAAAUCCUCUGUGGAUUUCAUUAGGGGUUAACGGAGGCCUUGUUAAGAUGUAGAUUUCCCUCAGGCAAAAGGUUUAGGUGCAUUUUGCACUAACCAGUGAUUACCCCUGGUUUGAAUAAAGAGAAGUACAUUUGGAUUAGAAACAUAA